UGUCUCCUCAUGUUGUUCAUUCUUCCAUUCAUGAUUGUGUUACUGUUGCAUCCGAGGAUCUAGGAAUCUUCAAUAAGCAAAUGCCUCGAAGAACAUGUCUCCACAGACCGUAGAGGAUGACAACUACUUCGCCGACUAGCAGGAAGGUGUAUCUCUUCCGAAAGCCAUCAAUCCCCGAUGCCUACCUUGAUGCCUUUCGCUCCGCGUUUUUUGACCCAGAGUGCAUCUCAGUCCUGCAAGAGAUCUACGAGUUGGAGGAAUUGGCCACAGUGGUCAAUCAAGGAGGACAAAGCUACGAUGCUGUGGUGAUAAGCAGUAAGCGUGGAGCUGAAGGAUGGGUCAGAGCGGCUGAACAGGCGAGACAAAUGAAAACGAGCUGGUCAACAACACCGCUCUAUGCCGUCGGCAAGAGUACGUUUGAUGUCCUGACUUCGACUUCCUACUCGGACCCUGCAUCCGCCCUCCCAUCACUAUCCGAAUAUCGCAUAGCCAAAUCUGGAUCGGCCCUCGUCGAUUUGAUUCGAAGGGACGAUACUGGGAGGCCACCGACCGGACAUUGGCUUAUUGUACGAGGCGACAAAUCUAACGAGGAGGUUGCCAACGGGCUGAGAGGUAUGGGCAAGAGAGUCACAGAAGUCAUAGUCUAUCGCACUUUGGAGGAUCCAGACUUGAGAUCCAGUCUUCACGCCUUGCACUCAGGCUGGCUAGUCUUCUUCGCACCUUCAUCGGCUGAGAUGGUUCUCGCACAUCUCUCACAAAGGCAAGAGCUAUCUCCUCGAGCAGGGGCUGCUUCGUCAAGAUACCGUAUAGCGGCGAUUGGACAAACGACCCGGAAGUUCUUGGAAGACAGGGGAUACAGGGUGGACGCAGUCGCAGAUGAACCGACCGCCUACGGUCUACUGCAUUCCGUGAAGGAUGCCUCUACUUCUUGGUAGGACCUGUGGAGGAGCCCGAGACGAACAGACUUCUGGAUUCGAUCCUCGAAAUUGCAUGACUGCAUG